UUUCAGUCUGUGUUCUCACUUCCGAAGCAGAAUGGCCCGCACCAAGCAGACAGCGCGCAAAUCGACUGGCGGAAAAGCUCCUCGCAAACAGUUGGCGACCAAAGCGGCGCGGAAGAGCGCUCCUGCCACCGGCGGAGUGAAGAAGCCUCAUCGCUACCGGCCCGGCACCGUGGCUCUGAGGGAGAUCCGGCGCUACCAGAAAUCCACCGAGCUGCUCAUCCGUAAGCUUCCCUUCCAGCGCCUGGUCCGGGAGAUCGCUCAGGACUUCAAAACCGAUCUGCGUUUCCAGAGCUCCGCCGUCAUGGCCCUGCAGGAGGCAAGUGAGGCUUACCUGGUCGGGCUCUUUGAGGACACUAACCUGUGCGCUAUCCACGCCAAGCGAGUCACCAUUAUGCCCAAGGACAUCCAGUUGGCCCGCCGCAUCCGCGGGGAGCGCGCCUAAGACCAGCCUGCACGCCGAACACCAGAAAAGGCUCUUUUAAGAGCCACUACCACGGCAAAGGGAAGGGCUGUAGCUUGCUCAUCAUUAUUGUAGUAGCGAUCUGCCCUGCCGAUCGAUUUUGCACUAAUUGACCUCGAGCAUCAGUUCUGUGCAGACAGGGUAAUUCGGCGAGGGAUAGGAAGUAAUAGACAAUGGACAGUAGGUGCAGGAUUAGACCAUUCGGCCCUUCUAGCCAGAACCGCCAUACGCUGUGAUCAUGGCUGAUCAUAUACAAUCCGUACCCGAUUCCUGCCCUCUCCCUUGACCCCGCUAUCUUUAAGAGCUCUAUCUCACUCUCUCUUGAAUGCAUCCAGAGAUUAACGCGCUUCCCUCCCUGUCAGGGUCUCAUCUGGCCCUUCACUUCUCCCACAAACCUGUCAUG